AUGUUUCCACGUUUCGUGGAACCAGUUUCAAAUGUGACGGUGACAGUCGGACGUGACGCCUUGCUUGCAUGCGUUGUUGAGGAUUUGAAGGGGUAUAAGGUUGCUUGGGUAAGAGUUGAUACACAAACCAUUUUAAGCAUACAUCAUAACAUUAUAACACAGAAUCCUCGUAUCAGUCUUUCCUAUAAUGAUCACCGUUCUUGGUACCUACACAUAAAGAAUGUACAAGAAGUGGACCGUGGAUGGUACAUGUGUCAAGUCAAUACAGAUCCGAUGCGCUCUAGGAAAGGUUAUCUACAAGUCGUCGUUCCUCCAAUGAUCAUUGACAACAUGACUUCAACCGAUAUGGUGGUGCGGGAAGGUAUAAAUGUGACAAUGUACUGCCGUGCUACGGGCCACCCGGAACCGUAUGUCAUGUGGCGCCGAGAAGAUGGACAGGAGUUCAGCUGCAACGGUGAAUCAGUUCCACCAAUGCUAUCAAUACCAAAUCAACUGGAAGCGGCCUAUAUAGGACAAGACGUUGUUCUAGAGUGUCACACCGAGUCGUAUCCGUCAUCUAUCAAUUACUGGACAACAGACCGUGGAGACAUGAUUAUAUCAGGAAACAAAUAUAUUACUUCCUUAAGCGAUGACGGGUACAGUCGCAUAAUGAAAUUAACAAUAAGAAAAGUUUCAAGUAAAGACUUCACAUCUUAUCGAUGUGUUGCAAAAAACUCGCUCGGGGAAACAGACGGUUUUAUUCGGCUAGAUGGUAAACAUUUU